AUGAUCAACAACCUGCCAACCGAACUCGUUCUCAAAGUGCUCUCGCAUUCUCCAAUCAAGACUCUCCAUUCGCUAUGCCUCGUGUGCCACCAGCUGAACGACAUCAUCCAAGCCCAUGAAGCGUCGAUUUACCACAACGCCGCCACUUUUCAUGGCUAUGUGCCUGCGAAUGCACACUACAACGAGAUAUACUCGUCGCGGUCGCUUGUCGGUAUAGACGGAUGGAAGUCAUUUUGCAAACGGCGUGUUCUCAUUGCCCAAGGCUGGCUAGGGCGACAACCAUCAACGCUUCGUCAGCAUAGCAGGACUGCAUCCAACUCUAAAGUCCAUCGAUUCAAGAUCGAUGAACGCAGGGGAUUUAUCGUGUCCACCUCCAGCCAAGGCUCACUGAAUGUAACCGAUCUUGCAACGGGCGACACAUUGUGGGCUCUCGAUAAGGAACUCAACUACGUGCGCCGGUUUGCGCAAUGCGACUACGGAGAGGGCUUCGUCGUGUUUGACAGGGACGAUGCUUCAAAGGAAGUCUGGCGCCUUGCCAGCGAGUACAACAUGUCUCCACUACCUGCGAUCUCGCUACCCGAUUCCCGCCAACUCGACGCCUACGCGCGAUCCUGCGCCCUCUACCCAGCGUCUCGCGUGCAGUUCCGGCCGUGGCUACUCCUGCACAUACCACUCGACACCCGCGCCUACCGCUUUGUCUACCCUUCCCUGCUCGUCUCUGGGCUCCACCAAGCCAUCAUAUUCGACGUUCCCACGGGGGCGCGCGUGCAGCGGAUUGACGAGCUGCAAGAUGCGCCUCAUCUCCGUCCGUACAGAUUCGACAACAUCGCGGUCCACGACGUGGACCUGGGCGCACAGCACGUGCUGGUGUGUUGUGCGCCGUCGCUCAAGGUAUUCUCUCGCGCGACGGGAGACUGCAUAUUGCAGAUCGGGUCGCACGAGAUUCUGUACAGUCAGCACCGCUUCCGGUUGAUACCCGAGGACGCGCAGGCCGUGCCACACACGCACCCUCACUCGGAGCUGGUGGAAUGCCGCACGCAGCAGGAGAUCUAUACGAGCCUGCCGCGCGGACGGCAGUUUGACCAGUUCGUCGCGGUGCGCGUGUCGCCGUGUGGGUUGCACGUGGCGCUCCUGCUGUCCUGCUCGCGUCUGAUCGUCGUGCCCUAUUUUGAAAGAAUCAUAGCGGGGGAGGCAUGGGAGGAGGAUACGUUGAUCGACAUCGAACUCGGGUGCAUACGAUACGAGUCGAUAGACCUCGCAUACGAACACGACAGGAUCGCUGUCGCUACAGCAGGCGGUGUAUUCGUGGUGCAUUUGCACCUGGAUGAACGUUGGCCUUAUGUCACUGUGAACCGUGUGGCACGCAUGACGGAUCCCGACGACCUGCAGUACGUCAGCUGCAUGCAGAUGACCGACACAGGGCUCUUCGUGAACUGUAAACCGUCCCCCGAUCCCGAGCACGCUAGCAGGACAUUUAAUACCAAUCUAAGCGACAAGUUUGCGAGCAAUGUUCAAGCGCUGAGGGACCGCGAUCGGCUUGUAGUAGCCCCUCCCCACGAAGCCAUUGCGGCGGUGUCGGCGAUAUAUGACCUCAAUGUCGUACCGGUGUAG